AUGUCCUACUCCAGCGAGCCCUGCGGCGUGAGCUGCCCGCAGCCCGUGGCCCAGAGCGUCAACGAGCCGUGUGUGCAGCAGUGUCCCGAGUCCAGGGCCCUGAUCCUGCCCCCGCCCGUGGUGGUGACCAUCCCGGGCCCCGUGCUCAGCACCUUCCCCCAGGAGAGCGUCGUGGGAUCGUCGGGCCCAGCCUGGCUGGGGCGUUCCUUCAGUUCCCGCAGCUCCGAGGGCUACGGGGGCAACUUUGGCUUGGGAUCUUCUGGGGGGUCCCUGGCCUUGGGGAGCUCCUCUGGCUAUGGGGGCUCCUUUGGGUCUGGAGGUUAUGGGGGCUCCUGGAGAAAUUUGGGCUCCUUUGGGUGGGGACCUUAUGGAGGUUCCCAGGGCUAUGGGGGCUCCUUUGGCUUUGGGGGCUAUGGGGGCUCCCCUAGAUAUGGGGGCUCCUUUGGCUACGGCCGUUCCCUGGGUUAUGGAGGUGACACUGGCUAUGGGGGCUCCUUUGGGGGCUAUGGGGGCUCUGGGGGCUAUGGGGGCUUUGGGGGCUAUGGCGGCUCCCUCGGGGGCUACGGGGGCUCCUUUGGCAAUUGCGGGCGCUCCUACAGCUCCGGAUUCUCCUCUCGGGGCCUGGGCUAUUCCCUGCCCGGCUUCCAGAGAUGGGGCAGGUCCCGCCGCGGGAGCUGUGGGGUUUUCUAA